AUGGCCGAGCAAUCGAGCAAAGAAGUAACAACGAACCAGGAUAUCCGAGUGUUGCUCGAAAAUAUAAAUUCUCAUUUAAACCGAUUCAAUACUCAUUACCUCAUCAAUCUUGAGCAGCGUAUUGUUACCGUGCUGACAACAAUGACAAGUUUGGACGCCAAUGUGAAAUCGCUGCAGGAAAAGUCCCAAAUAUGGGAUGUGUUUCAGCAUCACAUCGGCGCAUGGAGCGAGCAUAUCAAAUCGGUUGACAGCAAAUUGGAUAUCUUAAAAAAAACCCACGAAACUCCAUCUGCUGCACUUGAAACCCGCCUAUCCAAUCUCGAUUUUAAAGUUGAGCACAUCUUUGAAAAAGUGGAUAUAAUUAACGAGAAAUUGCACGAUAUCACGAAGACCGUGUACAGCAAUGCUGCGCACCGUGGACGCCGAAAUGAUGUGGUUGAGCAGGCUGCAAUACUUACAAAAGUUGGGCAGCUUCAGAAGCAAAUAAACCGCCUGGAAAACAUUGGCAACGGCAAUGGCUGCAACAACAAAUGCAACGCCCAAAACGGCGGGAGCCGCUCGAACGGGUUUACAAAAUUUAAAAAAGACGUUUCCGAAUCGGAAGAAGAAAUUGAUGAACUGUUGGACAAGCUGACUUCGAAAAAGUUACGCGAGAUAGUUACAAACCGGAAAAAUUGUCGAGCCGUCGACGUGCUCACUGGUAUGAUGCGUUCAGUGGAGGACCGUACUGUGAGAAUAUACGAGUUGGAAGCAAAUCAGUUCGAACAAAUCAAUUCAUGUUGCCAGCGAACGAACAAUGAGGUGACCACAUUUACCAACAGUGCAGAUUUACUGUUAAAGCGAAUUGAAGCGUUGGUACUUGAUGUUGACAGAAAAGUUGAUAGGCGUAAUAACCAGCACUGUCCACAAGAGAAAGAGAAGCCUCUUGAUGAAUCUAAAACUACUGUAGCCAACGACACUAUGAAAGAGGAGUCCCUUGAUCUGUCGUCUACAGUCGACUUGGGCAGCGGAAGUGAUCAAGGCACCGAGGAACUGAACAUCUUUUCAACAAUACCAAUCGUUCACCAUGAAGACACAAUUUUUCAUCAUCCCGAUAAAGAUGGAUGUCAUCAGUUACUGCAAAGGGUUAACGGCGUUUACACCUUCGCCGUGAUUGAAUUGAAUGAAGCUAGGCGAGACUUUAAUCGGAGGUACUGCCAAUUUUCAACGGAAGGUUUAGCUUGGACCGUCCUGCAGCGUCGCAACCACUUUGAUUUACAAGAAAAUUUCAAUCGUUCCUGGAAUGAGUACAAGUACGGAUUUGGUGAUCUAGGCUACGAGUUUUGGUUUGGCAACGAUUUUAUUCACAAACUGAGUUACGAUGAUAAUGUUGAACUGCGAAUCGAGCUAGAGGACUUUGAGGGUAAUAGAGCGUACGCCGAGUACGGCACCUUUAGGAUGGAAACGGAAAAAUUCAACUACAAUCUUAUGGUUGCUGACUAUCGUGGUAAUGCUUCAGAUUCGUUGUCUUAUCACAACGAUCACGAUUUCAGCACGUUUGAUCGUUCGAACGAUAAAUCACCGGCCAGUUUUUCCUGCGCCCUCACAUAUGGAAGCGGUUGGUGGUUUAACAGCUGUGCUGAGUCCAAUCUGAAUGGAAAAUAUUAUCUCGACUAUCCUCGCUCCCACAAGUCGACCGGUGUUUUGUGGGAGUCUUGGUUAGGAGAUUAUUCACUCAAGUCGUCAACGAUGAUGAUUCGCCCGAAAGAUGUUUGGAAUAAAGAAGAUGAAACAUCAGACGCUGAAGCACCGCAGGAUCCCUAA